AUGAUCACCAAAAGUCUUCAUCUAUGCGAAAAGAGUAGAACCAAUGAUGUUCCAUUGGAUCUACAGAUCGAGAUUCUUAACAGGUUACCUUUAAAAACCGUAGUUAGGUUUAUGCUCGUAUCUAAAUCAUGGCAACAAAUCAUCCGCAGCAAGAGUUUCAUCAGAACAUUUCCCUUUCGACCCUUGACUCAGCCUCCUUUGCGUUUCCUACUUGCUUUAUGCAAUACAGAUGACCAAACUGGACGCAUAAAUUGCAGCUUCUUCUCGUCUUCUUCGUUAUCGUCGUCAUCAAUAUCGCUAUCAACCACUUUUUUAUCCAAAAUAACACUUCCUCUCCGUCGUCAACUCCCGUAUCCUAGUUAUUACGUUAAUGGUUUGGUGAUGAUUGGAGAUAUCAUAUGUAACCCUAGCACCGGAAAGACCAUAUCUUUACCGAAUGGAUCAACCUAUGACACAUGCUUUUUCGGAUAUGAUCAUGUCAAUAAUCAGUACAAAGUAUUGGGCAUCCCCGAGUAUCGACGCGCAACACCGAAUCACUAUCAGGUAUUCACAUUGGGAGCUAAACCCAAAACAUGGAGAUAUAUCGAUUGUGACAUUCCUCACUGUGGUUGGUCUAACGGUCUGUGCAUUGAUGGGUUUGUGUACUACAUUGCGAGCACGCACACAGGAAUGUGUGUGAUGAGAUUCGAUUUGAAGUCUGAGAAGAUUGAUAUCUUUGCUAGAGUAUCUGACGAAAUGAAACCUUCAAUUCUUAAACGUUCUAAAACUUUGAUAAACUACCAUGGUAAAGUAGCCCUAGCCAUUCAGCCUUUUGGUCCAGUGCGUUCAGUUGAUUUGUUUGUUUUCGAAGCAGGAAAACAUGCUUACAAAGAAAAGUCUUUCUAUAAUCUUCCCCAUCUUCCUUUACGUAUAAAAGGUGUUAUGAAUCAUACGGGUGGCAUUAUUUCUACACCUAGCGAUUUCGGAAGUGAGGUUAGUGUUUUCCACCAUGAUAUUAAGGGAGCUAGUUUUAAGAAGAUGGAGUUUGAAGUUGUCGCAAAGCAUGAUUGGCUUAGUGCAUCAAAUUGUUUCAUGGGUUACGUAGAGAGUCUCAUGCUGAUUUAA